AUCGAAUCCUUUUCUUUUUCUUUUUUGUCGCAAGGCGUGAAUUUAUCUCUCUUUCGGUACCGGAGCCGGCGAAGGACUUCCAUGGACGACGGAAUCUCAGAGGAGCUGGUGAUGAGUGAGGUUCACCUUGGCUGCCCACCUGGUUUCUCCGGGUCGUUUGUUUCCAAUUUCUCCAUUUCCCUCCCUUCCGGUUUUGAUGAUUUAGAUAUAGAACCCAGAACCUAUGUCAGUGAUUCUGAAGGCUAUUCACCGUCUACAAAGCAACUCAUUCGUUUCGACGAAGAUGGAGAUCUUGUUUUACCCAGGCGCCUUAAUGUGGAAGUAGAAUCUUCAGUUCGUAGUUAUAACGUGUCGAUCCAACAUGAUAUUAUGUCAACGAUCCCAAGUGUUGGUUUGCAGGUGUGGAAAGCAGAGCUAGUAUUAUCUGAUUUCGUCUUGCAUACAAUGCUUACUUCAUCUAAAUUCGAUGGAAUUGUUGCUCUAGAACUUGGAGCUGGAACAGGACUGGUUGGAAUAUUGCUUGCACGGGUUGCUAAAACAGUAUUUCUAACAGAUAAAGGCGAUCAUAUCCUUGACAACUGUGCCAAAAACAUUGGUCUUAAUUCUGGUGGGUUCAGUGCUGGAGUUGCAGUUCAUGUAAGGGAACUUGAUUGGACAGAACCUUGGCCUCCAAAGCAAACCCGAGGAGAAUGUCACCCAAAUAACAGGUAUUCCUGGGCCUUAUCAGAGGUUGAAGAGGCACAGGGAGCCUGCUUACUUGUUGCUGCCGAUGUUAUCUAUAGUGACGACUUGACAGAUGCGUUUUUUAGUAUCUUAGAGAAGUUUAUGUCUCAAGGUUCAGAAAAGGUGUUGUAUUUGGCUUUGGAAAAGCGCUAUAACUUCACUCUGAAUGACUUCGACAUUGUAGCAAAUGGCUAUUCUCAUUUCCUAAGUUACCUGAAACAUGAAGAGGACAGCAGCUUGCAGCAGGAAUCAAAACCAUGUUUUAUAGGCAACCGCAUUGAUCUUGCAAACAUCCCACAAUAUGUCCUCAACUAUGAAAGAGGGGAAGAUGUAGAAAUCUGGCAGAUAAAGUAUUGUAGGAAAGAGUCUUGAGAUCAGAGAAGGGCCAUGAACAUCUGCUGUAGAAGUCACAAAUAGUUGCCUGCAUUCAUAAAUCUGGUGAGUUUUCCCUUCAAAACUUCACCAAGAAAAUGGGUAUCAGUUAUCACAGAACAAGGACUGAAGAUAUCUAUUUUUGUAGACAAAGAUCCACAAACAGUUCCAAUCUCAGUUCUAAUUCUGUAUUUUCUUCAUUUCGUUUCACAAUCUUCCUAAUAUUUUUUCUU